UUCUCAAGAUGAAGCCCCCGGUGGUUACAGCAGUGCUGGUAGUACUGGUGCAGGUUUCUCAGAGUUUCCCUGCCUUGUACCACCGAGGCUGGUGGAGGCUCUUAAAGGAAGGAGAUAGCUGUGGAAAAUGUGAUUUGGCACUUUGCUCUGAGCCAAAAGACUGUCUGGCUGGGACUGUAGUGGACCAUUGUGGCUGCUGUUCUGAAUGUGGAAAUGUGGAAGGUCAGAUCUGUGAUUUGGACCAGGGCAAUCAUUUUUAUGGGCAGUGUGGGGAUAACCUCGAGUGCAGGUUGGAUGCCGAUGAAGCCAGGUUUGGGGAAGUCCCUGAACCCCAGUGUGUGUGCAAGUCUCAAGAGAGCAUCUGCGGAUCUGACGGGAAAACCUAUGAGAACAUCUGUCAGUUCAACAAGGCUUAUGCAACUAAAAGAAAUAUCAGCAUGAAACAUAAAGGACCGUGUGAAUCAGCUCCUGUGAUUUCUAUGCCACCUCAGGAUGUCCAGAAUUUCACAGGCAACGAUGUCAUUUUUGGCUGUGAGGUGUCAGCCUAUCCUAUGCCACACCUUGAAUGGAAAAAAAAGGGGAAUAAAAUGUUUUUACCAGGAGAUGACGCCCACAUCUCAGUACAGGCCAGAGGUGGACCUCAGAAGUACGGUGUGACAGGCUGGCUGCAGAUUCAAGGCCUCAAAAAAUCAGAUGAAGGCAUCUAUAUCUGCCAUACCAAAAACAAGUAUGGUGCAACAUACGCCUCUGCGAGAUUGAAAGUCAUUGAUGGUUCAUCUUCUGCUUUUGCCUUAACUGCUGGCAGUAGAAGUGCAAGCUAUGACACUGACUAUGACGACUACUAUGACCAUUCUGAUGAUGAGGAUGAGGAAGAAUAUGAAUCUGGGGAUUAUGAAAACUGAAACAGCCCUGAAUAACAAUUUCUGUACGUGUGCUGUCAGACACCUUUCACACUGCUACAUUUACUUGUACUCCCUGUGCUGUAAAUAGCUUCUCUGAUAACACUAUGCUCAUUUGUGCAUCCCACCUCCCUGAAAUCCAACUGUGGCUGAAGUGUAUCAUGAUACUUACCUGAAAUAAGAACAGUUUUAAGUUCAUGCAUUUAGACUGUUAAAU